UUUGCUAAACUCCUGAACAUAAAGUGAGUUUAAAAAAACUCAGUUUGACCGUUAUUAGAAUUGUUCGCAUUUAUUGUUUUUAGUAAGCAACUGUGACGGGCUAAACUCCAAAAAUUUCGUUUUUUAAAUUUUUGAUAACUGUUGUAUCACGAUAAACUCCUCACUAUGUCCCCUGCCUAGCUAACGUUCCCUUUGUGUGCGCGUGAGCUAACGGUCGAACUUCUUGCUAGCUAAAUAGCCGACAUUCAAUGACGCACUUGAAAUUAAGCAGUAGAGGUUUCCUGCUGGGUUGUCUACCAGCUCUUAAAGGAUGCAGGUGCAGCAGAAGUCAAGUGAGGAAAAUGUGGCAGCGGAGAAAACCACUCGACCAUGUGCUCCCCUCGGUCCACGCUUCCAGCUGACACACUGAUGAGCUGCAAUCAGCCCUCCACCCUGACUGGUCCAUGCUGUGGCAGUGAUUGACUCCCCUCUCCCUCUCCAGAUGAGCGUGCCUCCUCGCCAGGGCGAGCACAUUUGGAGCUGAAGGUGUGCUGCUGUUGCCAGUGAGUUAACAUUGGGAAAGGAAGGUCUUGGAGGACACCCCUCACACUGAAGAUACAAUCCAGAGUGUCUGCCUGUGAGUGUGGAGAAAGCUUUUAAAGAAGCACAGCAGAAGGCUUUCUCGAGAUAAAGCGCAGAACCCAGCUCCGAGAACUUGUGCGAAACCCCCCGCUGCCUGGGAUUGUAAAGAGGAGCCGGUGAAGACAGCGUGCUGCCAGCAUCUGCCGGGCUUCCCAGCAACGCCACCAUGAGUGAGAGUCGAAGGGAAGCACUGGCGGCGGCAGCGCCUGCGCCAACCAGCGCUUCCUCCUCCUCCGCUGGCUCCAACACCACCAACGUGGCCGGCCCGGGCGGUGGUGACAAGGACGAGAAUUUUUCCAAGCUUAAGGACAAGUUCAUGAAUGAGCUGAACAAAAUCCCAUUGCCAUCAUGGGCCAUUGUCUCCAUCGCCUUCGUGGCAAUCAUCCUGGUGGUAGCCUGCUGCUUCUGCAUCUGCAAAAAAUGGAUAUUCAAGAAGAAAAACAAAAAGAAGGGCAAAGACAAGGGCAAAAACGCCAUCAACAUGAAGGACGUCAUAGAUGGGGCCAAAACCGAGGCCUUGAAGGAUGAGGAGGAUGCCGAGACAGGGCUGACUGAAACGGAGAAAGAGGCCGAGCCCAAGGAGGACCAGAAACUGGGCAAAUUACAGUACUCCCUGGAUUACAAUUUCACAGAGAACACGCUCAUAGUGGGGAUCAUCCAGGCUGCAGAGCUGCCCGCUAUGGACAUGGGCGGCACAUCCGACCCAUACGUAAAGGUCUAUCUGCUGCCUGACAAGAAGAAGAAGUUUGAGACCAAGGUCCACAGGAAGACCCUCAAUCCUACCUUCAAUGAGCAGUUCACUUUUAAGGUCCCCUAUGUAGAGCUCGGUGGGAAAACGCUGGUCAUGACGGUGUACGACUUCGACCGCUUCUCCAAACACGAUGCCAUCGGCGACAUCAAGGUGCCAAUGAACAAGGUGGACUUCAGCCACAUAACGGAGGAGUGGAGGGACCUGCAGAGCGCUGAGAAGGAGGAGCAAGAGAAGCUGGGCGAUAUCUGCUUCUCUCUGAGAUACGUGCCCACCGCUGGCAAGCUGACCGUGGUCAUCCUGGAGGCCAAAAACCUGAAGAAAAUGGACGUGGGAGGCUUGUCAGAUCCAUACGUGAAGAUCCACCUGAUGCAAAACGGUAAGAGGCUGAAGAAGAAGAAGACGACAAUCAAGAAAAACACCCUCAACCCUUACUACAAUGAGUCCUUUAGCUUCGAAGUCCCAUUUGAACAAAUCCAGAAAGUGCAAGUUGUUAUAACUGUUCUGGACUAUGACAAGAUCGGCAAGAAUGAUGCCAUCGGCAAGGUCUUUGUCGGCCUCAACAGCUCGGGAACGGAGUUGCGCCACUGGUCCGACAUGCUGGCCAACCCCAGGAGACCCAUCGCCCAGUGGCAUGUCCUGAAGCCUGAAGAAGAGGUGGAUGCUCAGCUCUCCACCAAGAAAUAGGCAGGGCCCCUUUCAGCACCUGCCUUGUAGUACUCUUUAGCCAGUAUGUGUAAAUACCUCAGUGAUAUAUGGGUCCAUCCAUGUAAGCCCCCUCCCCAAACUUUACCCCAGCUUCCUAAAACCACAAUCAAUCCUAAUUGUUCAAACUUCCUGCUACGUCCAACUCUGCUUUUUUCUAUCAGGUUCCUGAAUUUGCUUUAUUUUUCCUCUCUGAUUUGGCAGGUUUGGUUUUCCAUCUUCGUGCCCUUAACUGCCCAACCAAAUGCCCCCUUCUUUUAAGCAAUAUGAUCUGUAUAGAUAGCGCAUGACUGAAAGAAUUUAUUGUACCACAGUUGUAUAUAUAAGUAUGCAGACAAAAUGAUUUCUAGUUUAUGUGUUUGUAUGUUGUUACCCGUUUCCUAAUCUGUGUAUAUCUUGAUGUUUUUAAUAAGAUGUUCUAUUUUAAAUUAUGUAAAUGCAGAUAUAGAGGAAAGCCAAUAUAAUAUAUCCCAGGAUUUAAAAAUUCUACCUUAUUACCUUAUCGCAUUCCAGAAAAAAAUAUUCCAACCUGCAAGACACUAGCGGAAAUAUACUCAAAUAUGUAAAGGACAAUGUCUGGCUUUAAGUUCAGCACAGUAAAGACAAACUGAUGAUUUUAAACACUCCAAAAUAAAAGGCCAUUAACUACCAUGGUUCUGAGGGAAAAUUAUGCUGCUGGAAUUAUACAAGCACAUGAUUUCUUACAACUUUUUCUACUUAUUUCUCAACCAGAGGGCCUAUUCGUUUAGCUUGUUGCACACUCUUACAAAAGUGAUAGUUUAAGUUCUCCAUAUUUGGUCUUCUAAGUGGAAUAGGUCCUCUUGUUCUCUUACACUGGCUUGUUUUCUUUCUUCAAAAAUGGAAAAUAUUGCCUCUAAAAACCAAAUCAUUCCUCAACCCUUCACCAAACAGACUCCAUGUGAAAAAAAGCACCAAGCUGUAGCCAUUGUGUCCUUAAGCAACAAUGUUUUGUUCACUUUUAACAGCCUUGUUGGAAGUGUAUUACAUUUCAGCCAGGGUCAGAUCUUUAAGAGGGGAAACUAAAGGAGUCUGGUUUUAAGAGGACUAUUUUUUAGAGCAAUUCAACGUCUUGACUAUUUUUAGUAAACUGCAUGAUUUUUUUUACAAUCUUUACUAAAGGCUGGGACAGGGGGGAGAUCUACUGACACCAGGGGCUGUGUCUUCUGAUACGCUCCCCUUGCCUUCAAUCAGAGGAGAAGAAAGCAAAAUCAAGAGCUGUUUCAGUUGGGGUCGAUGUGCCGUGGGCGAUUACAUCGACGGAGACGAAGCAAGCUUCUAAACACUGCCAUUUCCAGGGAGGGUGACUUCUGUAGAGCCUCCUCCCUUCAUGCACACUCCCACUUGCUAGUGGUUGUAGCUUUGGUUUAUCGGGAACAAUGUCUUUGGCUGCACCGGUGCCCUGAAUCGCAGUCUUUGCUUUGCGUUGCCUUCACACAGUGACAAUAGAGCUAGCCAUGUUUUACUGCCAAUUUUAACUUUUAUGUGGCUGCUGUUUUUGCACUGGGAUGUCUUUAAACUUCUUUAGGAGGAUGAUUGUUGGCUUGCUUUACUUCAGGACACAUGCAGGGGGAGCCAGAGAUCCUGCUCGAUUGAAAAAAAAACAAAAAAAAAAACGACAAAUCAGCCAGUUUUGUUUUCUUGUUGGCGCAGGACUACACCAAGAGAACGCGCGAUAACCGUAAAGUUAAUGGUCUGUGUAGGCUAUUAUUAGUCCAUCAUGUCCUUUACUACGGGUCCAAUUAGGAGAGGAAUAAGUUAAUCCAUGAAAACCAUGAAGUCUCUUAUCUUGGAGGAACCUCUUGCAUAUACUCGAUGCUAGCUUCAGGAGGACUUUCUAAAUGUUUUCAAUGUUAUUGUGUAGUUGAUAGCACUAUUAUGAAAAGCUACUUGUCAUUCCAUAUGAGUCUCUGAGGACUGCUUUGUGUAUCACUGUGACUGCCGUGUGUGCUUAGAGAUGUAGACUUAUCAGUAGGUAGCCAAACCAGUUUGUUCUGUAGUGAUGUCGUAGCGUUUAAUGCCAUUUUUCCCUUCUACACGCAGAGAAAGAGAGAGAGCGCGUGGCGUCUUCACGGCCGCACACGGCAACUUUAAAAAACUAUUUAAAUCGAGCGCGAGCGGGUUGCUUCACACAGCAUUUCGUUGAGCACUGUGCAAUACUUGUAUGUUCAUCCCCAUAGUGUUGACGUGGGCGGCGUCGCCCAAGAAUGAGAAGAUUCUAACCUUCGAGGAUGAGGCGCUUUUUCUCGGUUAGGACACAGCACACGUAGAUUCAGCGUACAGGAUGGAGUCAACCUCCGUUUUUAGGGUUCCCUCCCGUUUUUUCGCAGGUUAGUUUUUCUCUUCUUGCACACAGUUCCAGCAUCAGAAGUUUCAGGGAAUAUUAGUGUACUAUCAAUCUAGAUUCAGCAUAAAUAUCCCCUUAAAAUACCAUGUAUAUAUUUACAUAAUCGUGUCAAAAAUGUAUAUCUAGAAUAAAUAUUAUUAAAUAGAAUUAUUCAGCCACAAAUAUCAUAUCUAUAUCUCACUAUAUUGUUUUAUUGUCAUUAUUUUUGUUAUUUCCUGUUGAUUCAGAACCCCCCUCUUUUAUAUUUGAGAUGAAAACUGAAUGUACAGUAUGGACUGUGUCGGUGUAGAUUACUUUAACCGUGAGAUUAGAUGUACUUUGCACUUUCUGUUGUACAAAAAAAGUCAUUUUUUAUUUCCAACUGUCAUGAGUUGAUAUUAUAACCCUCAUGGGUUAAAAACCCCUCCCCAUCAAUGAAUACACUUAAAAACAGCUGAUUCCCAACCUCUUUUCAACCUCUUUUAUUUCCCGUGUCGAUUAAUGAAUUCCAGUACAGCUUCAGAUUUAAACGAAAGAUUCAAUAUUGAUGCAAAAAAAGGAAUAAUUUGAUCAAAGCUGGAUGAUAUCAAACAGGAUUAACACUUGUAGGAAAUUCAGCAACAGGCAGCACUGCCAGGUUUGUGGAAACACCGCAAAGAAAAAGCCAUUACCCGUGCUGAAAGCAGUGCGCCUCUUUUUGCAAUUUCCCGUCAAAGUGUUCUCAAAAACCUCCUCAAGCUGUGUGACAAGAUUCCCUCCAAUGACACUGACGAAAAAGCCACACUGACCUUUCAAAAACAAAGCUGUGUAAAGUAUUAGAAUCUGAUGCUGUAGAAAGAUCCUAGUUGCCUUUGUGUAUAUCGACUGCCUGCUUGAGUAUUUUGUGUGUGGAAAUUUUCUCCGUAAUCUUGUAGAACUGUUUGGGGUGUUUUUUCCUGCCAUAUCGCUCGCCGGCUCGCGGUGACGGUGAGCCGCUGACGGUUAUAUUUGCUGUGUAUACCUUCAUUUUUGAUGAGGUGUUUUACAGUUUUGUUUCACUUUGUGUAGUGAUUCACUCUGUGGAGUUUUCUGACUGUUGUUAUAUAACUUCAUAUACACAAAUGAUCAAUAAAAAUGUUUUAUUUCCUGUU